AUGGAGAUGCUGCAGAUCAGACUGUAUUAUUGUGUGAUGAUGGUAAUGUUUGGUCUUGUUUUGGGUUUUAUACUUCCUUCAAUCAACGGUCAGAUGACUGCCGGUGCCGCCGGGCCAGCGCCUGCCCCGGCCUCCAGCGAUGGGGUAGCAAUAGAUCAAGGAAUAGCAUAUGUGUUGAUGCUGCUUGCUUUGGCUCUCACCUACAUUAUUCAUUGA